AUGCCUGGUCAUUCCGCUUCUGAUGAGGAUAAGCCUUGCCGGGCGUGUUCAGACUUCAAGACGUGGGCCAAAAGUCAGAAUAAAGUGACUUUCACAUCACCGAACAAACAGCCUAGUCCACGACCCAAAGAUUGUCCUCUAGACAAGGAUGAGUUAGGUACAGCAACAUGGGGGUUCCUGCACUCAAUGGCAUCAUAUUACCCCAAAAACCCGACUAAGAAAGAAUCAGAAGAUAUGACGAAAUUUUUUAAUAUCUUUGCAGAGUUCUACCCAUGUGAGCCAUGUGCAUUGGAUUUCCAGGCAGAUUUGAAAAAGCAUCCACCAAGAACAGAAAGCCAAGAUGCCCUAGCAAAAUGGUUGUGUGAGCGUCAUAACACAGUCAAUGUCAAACUUGGCAAGCCUGUGUUUGACUGCUCCAAGGUGCAUGAAAGGUGGCGAGACGGCUGGCUGGAUGGAUCCUGUGAUUAA